AUGGAGGAUGUGACUAUGGAAGCGUCAUACUUGUCAAAAUCUGUAACUGGUGUAUGGGCUUGUUGGAUAUUCACAUGGUGGGGUGUAACGGGGAGUGAUGACAUGUGGGACUAUUCGGAGACUAGAGUGGGUCAAAAUCCCUCGAAUCAUUACUGGCUGCAUAUUGUCGGCAAAGGAGAUCCGCUAGGCGCUAGCCAUGCACCGUCUAGUUCCUUCUCAUUUCCUUCACUUUCGCUGCAAGAAGUCAAGCUCAAUGCAUAUGAACAUGCUGUCGCGAACUCAUUUGACCAAUUCAACGGCAGGGAUGGGGUGGGGUGCAAAUUGACAAGACAGGCACCACUUGAUAGCAGGCACACGUAUUGGGCCAUGGUGACGGAGGAUCUACAGCGGUCUGACAAGUGGGCGAAUUUGGAAGGACUACUUUGCUUUGCUGGUGGAUUGUGGUGGCUGCCUAGCUGUUGGUUGGUGGGUGGUGACUUGGAUGGUGGUCGGUGCUUGUUUCUAGUUUUGGCAGGGACCAGAGAAGGGAGAGGGUGCGGCUGUAAUUGUGACUCUGGGAGAGAGAGUGAGGAAGAGAUGCAGCGAACGGCGGAAUUCGGAAGGAAUAAGGAAGGGCCAAAGGAAAGAGGGAAGGGAAACAAAUCAGUAGGACUGUGGUCUGUGGAAGGGCUGCACUGUGGAAGGGCUGAGAGAGGAAUGCGACUGAGGUUAUAG